UGUGUGUUAGUUAUAAGUCGCUUGGAGAUCCUCGGGAUGAUCCUGGCCGUGGCCGGCUGGCUGGGGGUGAUGGUGACCUGUGGCCUGCCCAUGUGGCGGGUUGCUGCCUUCAUCGGUCAGAACAUUGUUAUCUCACAGGUGAUCUGGGAAGGCUUGUGGAUGAACUGUUCAGUGCAGAGCACCGGUCAGAUGCACUGCAAGGUGCACGACUCCAUGCUGGGGCUCCCUGUGGACUUGCAAGCAGCUCGUGCCUUGGUCAUUGUCUCUAUGGUGCUGUCGAUCGUGGGCAUCGGCCUGUCGGUGGCUGGGGCCAAGUGCACCAACUGUAGCCGGGACAUGAGCAGCAAACCCCGGCUCAUGGUGGCAGCUGGAGUAACCUUUGUGGUCGCUGGGCUGCUGCUGCUGGUGGCGGUGUCCUGGACAGCGCACGCCAUCGUCCUGGGCUUCUACGACCCGAUGCUGGAGGAGACAGGGAAGAGGGAGUUUGGUAAUGCUCUGUACUUUGGCUGGGCUUCCUCCUGCCUCCUCAUCCUGGGGGGAGCCUUGCUCUGUUGCUCCUGCCCAGCUACAGCAGCGAGUGUUGGUGGCUCCAUGUCCCAUCGGGUGGACUACUCAGCUGUCAAGACUCUGUCAGUCAAUGGAUACCCCAGAAGAGACUAUGUAUGA